UUUUGAGAGAAAAACAACAGAAGAAAAUGAAGCUAUUUAGAAUGAGUUUGUGGUCUUUAUUAAUGGUGGUUUGGUUUCUAUUAAUAGCAACUUCUAAUUUGGUGGAAAGAAAAUGUGCAUUUGAGGCUAUUUUUAAUUUUGGAGAUUCAAAUACUGAUACAGGUGGAUUUUAUGCAGCAUUCCCAUCUCAAGGUUCUCCUUAUGGAAUGACUUAUUUCAAAAAACCAGUUGGACGUCCAACUGAUGGCAGAGUCAUCGUUGAUUUUCUUGCUCAAGCAUUAGGUUUGCCAUUUUUGAGUCCAUAUUUGCAAUCAAUUGGAUCUGAAUACAAACAUGGUGCCAACUUUGCAACAUCAGCAUCCACUGUACUUUUGCCACAAACUUCAUUGUUUGUAUCUGGAGUUAGCCCCUUUUCUCUUGAAAUUCAGCUCAGACAAAUGAAGGAAUUUAAAGUUAAAGUCAAUGAACUUCAGAGUAAAGGGAACACUAAUCUGCCUCCACCAGACAUAUUUGGGAAGUCACUUUAUACAUUUUACAUAGGUCAGAAUGAUUUCACUGGCAAUUUGGCAAGAAUAGGAAUAAGUGGAGUGAAGCAAUACUUACCUAUAGUAGUUUCCCAAAUUACUAGCACCAUCAAGGAAAUCUAUGGAUUAGGGGGAAGAACAUUUUUGGUACUUAACCUUGCACCAAUUGGAUGUUAUCCAAUGUUCCUAAUGGAGCUACCUCAUGAGAGUUCAGAUAUUGAUCAAUUUGGAUGCAUGAUAUCAUACAACAAUGCAGUGGUGGACUAUAACAAUAUGCUUAAAGAAGCAUUGACACAAACAAGAAAACAACUUUCAGAUGCAAAUGUAGUUUAUGUGGACACUCAUUCUGUGCUCUUGGAGCUUUUCCAACACCCCACUUCUCAUGGGUUAAAAUAUGGAACCAAAGCAUGUUGUGGACAAGGAGGUGGUGCCUACAACUUUAACCAGCAAGUAUUCUGUGGAAAUACCAAACAGAUAAAUGGACAAACAUUGACAGCCACAGCCUGUGAGGAUCCAUACAAUUAUGUAAGCUGGGAUGGGAUACAUGCCACAGAAGCAGCAAACAAACUCACUACAUAUGCCAUUCUCAAUGGUUCUAAUUUUGAUCCUCCAUUUUCACUGCAAAAAUUCUGUGAUAUUCAAUCUAUAGGUUGAUACAUGAUUUUCUUGUAAGCGUAGGGAAAAUAAACCACGAGUUAUUACUAGGAGACAUGAAUAAAAGAUAGUGAUGCUUUGGCAAUUUA